AUGAUACAUGCAAAAGAUGAAGAUGAAUUUGAAGAGUAUCUGUCAAGAUACUGUGAAAGUGCUUACAAUCCAGACAAUGUAACCGAUUUCUUUGAGUUUGAUACAGAAGAAGAUGAACCUGUUUGUGGUGCCAACAAAGCAUACUACUAUUUGUAUGACAAUUCGAUACCAAUCAAUGAGAAAUGGACAGCUCAUUUCAAUUGCCUCAAAGUUACUUGUUACUAUUAUGCCAAGACAAACUUUCUUCUGCCCUAUUUACGCACUGUAUUGUCAAUGGGAAAUGAAAUUCUCAAACUCAACAACAUCAACGAGCGCUGGUACUUGGAAGAGGCUGGUAUCUCUGGAGCAAAAGAUUUUUGUCUUACUCCACAGUUGACGAACGGUAGAUUUUCAUCUAAUAAAGUACUCCUUCAGCAAGAUAAACGACACGAACUUCUUGCCAAGCUCGAGAUACAACUUCGUAAAAGCGGAAAUGAUCACCAAAAAAUCAAUUAUCUUCAAGGUCUUGUAGGAAACGCUAUUCAAGACUUCAAGAAAUACAGCAGUUAG